AUGGAAUAUGAGAAACUGAAAGCUCGCCUAUUGGGUGCAGAAGUGCAGAAUUACGCAUGUCCAGCCACAUGGGAUGGGUGGCAGUGUUUCGAUACGGCCGAAGCCGGUACUGUCGUUGAAGCUCAAUGUCCGCCUUACAUCUAUGGUGAAGCAGCGCGUCCGGACGCAUCACAGAUUUACCGUCUCCAUGGGCCUGGGAGGAAGCUGAAGCAAUUUUACCUCAGAGCGCAUUUGGUGAUGGUUGCCGCUAUACCACCUCUGUCCACCCAAAUGUAA